AUCUUGAAGAGGCGCCACGGCAACAUCCUAAGUCUGAGCGAAAGGCGCCCAGCUUCAGCACAGAGAUUCCCCACGCCAGUAACCUGCGGCCCGAGAGAAGAAGGCAGCAAGCGAAGUGACUGUGCCUCACUGGACCAGGAUGGCCAAGAACCGCAGAGACAGAAACAGUUGGGGGGGAUUUUCAGAAAAGUCAUAUGAAUGGAGCUCAGAAGAGGAGGAACCAGUGAAAAAGGCAGGACCAGUCCAAGUCCUCAUCGUGAAAGAUGACCAUUCCUUUGAGUUAGAUGAAACUGCACUAAAUCGGAUACUUCUGUCAGAGGCUGUCAGGGACAAGGAGGUGGUUGCUGUGUCUGUGGCUGGAGCAUUUAGGAAAGGAAAGUCAUUUCUGAUGGACUUCAUGCUGCGAUACAUGUACAACCAGGAAUCAGUUGACUGGGUUGGUGAUUACAACGAACCAUUGACGGGUUUUUCAUGGAGAGGUGGGUCUGAACGAGAGACCACAGGCAUCCAGAUAUGGAGUGAUGUCUUUCUAAUCAAUAAGCCUGAUGGUAAAAAGGUUGCAGUGUUACUGAUGGAUACUCAGGGAACCUUUGAUAGUCAGUCUACCUUGAGAGAUUCCGCCACGGUAUUUGCCCUUAGCACAAUGAUCAGCUCAAUACAGGUAUAUAACUUAUCACAAAAUGUCCAAGAGGAUGAUCUUCAGCAUCUCCAGCUUUUCACUGAGUAUGGCAGACUGGCAAUGGAGGAGACAUUCCUGAAGCCAUUUCAGAGUCUGAUAUUUCUUGUUCGAGACUGGAGUUUCCCAUAUGAAUUCUCAUAUGGAGCUGAUGGUGGUGCCAAAUUCUUGGAAAAACGCCUCAAGGUCUCAGGGAAUCAGCAUGAAGAACUACAGAAUGUUCGAAAGCAUAUCCAUUCCUGUUUCACCAAAAUUUCCUGUUUUCUGCUACCUCAUCCUGGCUUGAAAGUAGCUACCAAUCCGAACUUUGAUGGAAAACUAAAAGAAAUAGAUGAUGAAUUCAUCAAAAACUUGAAAAUACUGAUUCCUUGGCUACUUAGUCCUGAGAGCCUAGAUAUUAAAGAGAUCAAUGGGAAUAAAAUCACCUGCCGAGGUCUGGUGGAGUACUUCAAGGCUUACAUAAAGAUCUAUCAAGGUGAAGAAUUACCACAUCCCAAAUCCAUGCUGCAGGCCACAGCAGAAGCUAACAAUUUGGCAGCAGUGGCAACUGCCAAGGAUACUUACAACAAAAAAAUGGAAGAGAUUUGUGGUGGAGACAAACCAUUUUUGGCCCCUAGUGACUUGCAGACCAAACAUUUGGAGCUUAAAGAAGAAUCUGUGAAGCUGUUCCGAGGGGUGAAGAAGAUGGGUGGAGAAGAAUUUAGCCGACGUUACCUGCAGCAAUUGGAAAGUGAGAUAGAUGAACUUUACAUUCAGUAUAUCAAGCACAAUGACAGUAAAAAUAUCUUCCAUGCGGCUCGUACACCCGCCACAUUGUUUGUUGUCAUCUUUAUCACCUAUGUGAUUGCUGGUGUGACUGGAUUCAUUGGUUUGGACAUCAUAGCUAGCCUAUGCAAUAUGAUAAUGGGACUGACCCUUAUCACUCUCUGCACUUGGGCAUAUAUCCGGUACUCUGGAGAAUACCGAGAGCUGGGAGCAGUCAUAGACCAGGUGGCUGCAGCCCUAUGGGACCAGGCUUUAUACAAGCUUUACAGUGCAGCAGCAACUCACAGACAUCUGUAUCAUCAUGCUUUUCCUGCACCAAAGUCAGAACCUACUGAAGAGUCAGAAAAGAAGAAAAUGUAACCCUAAAUUAAAAAAAAAAAAUAAAAGUGCAUGACCAGUUGUCAGUUAAAUAUUGUUUUGUAUCUCCAUGCAAACAUUCAAAAUACUUCCAUCAGAACAGAGUGAAAUAUCAACACUGAAGACUGCAUAAUGGUUUAAUUGGCUUUACAGUGUUUAAUAAGCAGUAUGUAUGCAUGGUUAUAUAAUUUUGUUAACAGGUAGUUUUCUGAUUUUGUCUUCAAAUAUGCUGUUAUAAUUUAAAGUAUUUGUCUAUUUAUGAUGACAGUACAUGUGUUCUGCUUGAAUUUAUUACUCUUCCUACUGGGUUAUAACUAAACCAUAUGUAUUACUACUCUAUGUUUGAAUAUGCUCAUUUAAUUUCUAAAAAAGAAUUUUUAAAUUAUUUUACAAGCAUUUGUUAAAGCGUAUCAUAACCCAGCAAGCUGAAUUCAAUCUUGAUCAUUGUACACAUGCUUUUAAUUAUUUUAAAAUACUCUUAAGAGUUAUUAGUUUGAUGUAAAAAAGUAUAUACCUUUAAUUAUGAUUUAGUAUAGAAUACAAACCUGUUGAUCAAAAGUGCACAAAAAAUCACUUUCUUAUGAAUUUGAGUUCACUUCAUUGUAUAUUUUUUCAUUUGAUACAUAAAAAAAUGUAUUCCUCAUACGUUUAUUCUUUUAAUAUGUGAACUAUUAUUAAAGUUUACUUUGGUUCCUAAGAUUAAAAACAAAUGCUUACUGAAUAUGAAAA